UAUCUAGAUAAGGUAGUUAGCUCAACUCAAUAAUUCAUCCAAUUAAUAUAUAAUGAAUCACUAUUAUAUAUUUACAUAUGUAUAUAAUAUGUCAAGAAAAAAAUAAUAAUAAAAAAAAUGUUGAAGCCUCAAUUUCAGAAAUCCCAAACCCUUCUCAACUCGUUCUGUAAUAAGCCAUUAUUCAUCCAUGGAGGAAAUAAUCUUUCAUCCUUUCCUGUUUGUAUAAUUAGGCCAAUAUCCCUUAAAAAUAAUAAUAAUAAGAUCAUCAUGAAACAGAAGAACCUUGGGCUUGGUUUCAAUAUUAGAGCUUCAUUAUCAAAAGAUGAUGAUAUUAAGUGGAUUAGGGUUAGGGUUAUUGUGACAGUCCACCCAACUGUGGGAGGCAUGUUAUCUAACCUUGGUUUAAAGAGAGGCCUUGAUGAUACUCAAGAUUUGCUUGGAAGAUCCAUCCUUAUUCAGCUUCUUAGUUCUCAACUCGAUCCAAAAACUGGAUUGGAAAAGAAGACAAUUAACAAAUAUGCACAUAGAAGUAGCCUAUGGAACAAAGAAGGGAUUCAAUACGAAACAGAUUUGGAUGUUUUAGCGGAUUUCGGAACCGUUGGUGCGGUUCUAGUUGAGAAUGAGCAUCACAAAGAGAUGUACAUCAAGAAUAUUGUUCUUCAGGGUUUUCCAAAUGGUCCAGUUAAUGUUACCUGUAAUUCUUGGGUGCAUUCUAAGUUUGACAAUCCUCAAAAGAGAAUCUUCUUCACAAAUAAGUCAUAUUUGCCUUCACAAACCCCAAGUGGACUAAGAAGGUUAAGAGAAGAAGAAUUGGAAACCCUAAGAGGGAAUGGGAGAGGAGAACGUAAAUUUUUCGAACGAAUUUAUGAUUACGAUGUAUACAAUGAUCUUGGUGAUCCUGAUAAGAGUGAAGAUCUCAAAAGGCCUGUUCUUGGUGGUAAAAAUCGCCCUUUUCCUAGACGUUGUAGGACCGGACGUCCUCCCACUCAAAGAGAUCCAUUGUCUGAGCAACCAAGUAGGACUAUAUAUGUCCCUCGAGAUGAAACAUUCUCAGAAAUAAAACAACUGACAUUUCAAGCAAAGACAAUAUAUUCAGGUCUCCAUGCCUUGGUGCCUUCUCUUCAAACAGUUUUGACUGAUUCUUCACUUGGAUUCCCUUAUUUUAGGGCCAUUGAUUCUCUCUUCGAUAAUGGCCUCAAACUACCUCCGUCUACUAACCAAGGACUUCUCAAGAACAUUUUACCUCGACUAGUAAAGACUGUUUCUGAUGCUAAUGAGGCUUUGCAAUUCGAAAUUCCAGAACCAAUGGACAGGGACAAAUUUUUUUGGUUUAGAGAUGAAGAAUUCGGUAGGCAAACCCUAGCAGGUCUCAAUCCAUAUAGCAUUCAACUAGUUACGGAAUGGCCAAUGAAGAGUAAACUUGAUCCAGAGAUCUAUGGGCCACCAGAAUCAGCAAUCACCACAGAAUUGAUUGAACGUGAGAUCAAAGGAUUCAUGACUCUUGAUGAGGCCAUGAGAGAAAAGAAAUUGUUUAUCUUAGAUUACCAUGAUUUACUACUACCAUAUGUAAAGAAAGUAAGAGAAAUAAAAGGAACAACAUUAUAUGGAUCAAGAACAUUGUUUUUUCUAACUUUGGAAGGAACAUUAAGACCAUUGGCCAUUGAGUUGACUCGGCCACCAAUGGAUGGAAAGCCACAAUGGAAGGAAGUCUUUUCUCCUUCUUGGCAUGCCACUGGUGUUUGGCUAUGGAGGUUCGCCAAAGCUCAUGCCCUAGCUCAUGAUUCUGGCUAUCAUCAACUCGUUAGUCAUUGGUUAAGAACACAUUGUGUAACUGAGCCAUAUAUAAUAGCAGCAAACAGACAACUUAGUGUGAUACACCCUAUCUAUAGAUUGUUACACCCACAUUUUCGAUACACAAUGGAGAUUAAUGCCCUAGCUAGAGAGGCACUAGUCAAUGCUGGAGGCAUAAUUGAAUCUUCAUUCUCUCCUGGAAAAUAUGCCAAUGAGCUAUGUGCUGAUGCUUAUGACAAACAAUGGCGAUUCGAUCAACAAGCCUUACCGGCCGAUCUCAUCAAGAGGGGAAUGGCUGUGGAGGAUUCGAGUGCUCCACACGGUCUAAAGUUAACAAUCGAAGAUUAUCCUUUUGCCAACGAUGGUUUAGCUCUUUGGGAUAUAAUCAAACAAUGGGUCACCGACUAUGUCAACUAUUAUUACCCAGAGCAAACCCUAAUUGAGUCUGACCUAGAGCUCCAAUCAUGGUGGACAGAAAUUAGAACCGUUGGUCAUGGAGAUAAAAAGGACGAGCCUUGGUGGCCACUCUUAAAGACACCAAAUGACUUAAUAGGAAUUGUCACAACAAUUGUUUGGGUGACAUCCGGCCACCAUGCAUCUGUCAACUUUGGACAAUACACGUAUGCAGGAUAUUUCCCUAAUAGGCCAACAAUUGCCAGAACCAACAUGCCUACUGAGGAUGCUAGCGAAGAAGUUUUGGAGAAGUUCUGGGCUAAACCCGAGGAAGCACUGAUGCAGUGCUUUCCUUCACAAAUUCAAGCCACAACAGUGAUGGCGGUCUUGGAUAUAUUGUCGAAUCAUUCGCCAGAUGAGGAGUAUCUAGGGGAGAACAUUGAGCCUUCGUGGGAAGAAAAUGAUGUUAUAAAAGCAGCUUUUGAGAGAUUCAACGGGAGAUUAAAAGAGUUAGAAGGAAUUAUUGAUGAAAGAAACACCAACAAAAAUUUGAGGAAUCGGUGUGGAGUUGGGGUUGUGCCUUACCAACUUUUAAAGCCAUUUUCAGAGCCUGGUGUUACUAGUAAAGGUGUUCCAUAUAGUAUUUCCAUUUGAGUUGUAAAUGAAAACACCUUUGUUAUAAAGAGAUAUUAAAAAUUAAAUGGUAUUUUAGAGCAAAAAA